AUAAAUGCCAGUCUUCUAGUGCCAUCCCACACUUUGCUCAGGACUCAAGCUGGUUUCAGGAGAUCUACUUUGCAGUGUUGUUCUGGACUCAUUCACCCACCAGAAUGCUUUCCUUCCUGUUCCUUGCGGUGCUCUGGGCCAGCUGCAUGACUGCUCCCUUGCCUCAGUACUCCUUCUCCCCCGCUGUUGGUAAUGGUGGAGGCACGGCAUUCGCCACAGAAAAUGAAAAUGGACCAAUCACAGGGAUCAGACUCUGGGAAAAUAGCAACAGUUACAUCGCUGGUUUGCAGCUGCGCUAUGGAUUUAGUUGGGGACAAAUGGUUGGUCGUGAACUGAACUCUGUACAAGAGCUGAUCCUGAAUGAAGGAGAGUCCUUUAUUCAGGUCUCUGGGAAAUACCGAUCCAACUACAUCUAUCAGCUGAUCUUCGUGACCUCCAGUGGGCGUUCUCUGAUUGUCGGCCAGCCCAAUACACUGUCCUUUAACUUCUACCCAUCCCACCCGGGCCAAAAGCUAGUGAUUUUGAGCGGCACCUACAACACUGCAGGGCUCCUUUCGAUUGCUGCUCACUGGGCCGUCCCCCAGGCUCAAUACAACAGCACCAACCAGGACUGAUCCAGGAACUGGGAAUAAUCAACCUUUAUCUUUAUCAUGGAAUAAUAUGGAAUACAGUUUGUUUAAUGUGAUAAUAUGAUAUCGCUGUGUGUAUCAAUACCUCUGUUUAUUAAUGGAUUAUUUUUAAACUACACACAAAAAAAAUGUUCAAGAGAAGCUACGUUUCUGACCCUGUGUGGUGAAGUGAAACACACAGGAUCUACGAAACCUGUACUUCGUAGACAAUACUUGGAAAUAGCAGUGUUUUAAUUAAAAACCGUUUGCACUUAUACAGCAAUGAAGGAAA